GUUGGCGUGGAUGCUCAAAUGCUGAUAGAUAAACUUUUCAGAAAGAAAGAGGUUUGCUCAGCCUUUGCUUUUGACUAUGAUGUCGAUGAGAGUGAUCAAUUGACACGCAUAUUUUGGGCUGAUCCAGUUUGCAUAAGGAACUAUGCUUUAUUUGGGGAUGUUGUUUCUUUUGAUGCUACAUAUGAGACAAAUCGGUAUAACAUGGUUUUUGCUCCUUUUACCGGUGUUGAUAAUCAUAAAAAAUGCAUUACAUUUGGUGUGGGUUUGUUGUUGAAAGAAGAUGUUGAAUCAUAUGCUUGGUUGUUUCGGUGUUUUCUUAAUGCAAUGGGUCGUGAACCAAAGUGCAUCAUAACAGACCAAGACCCGGCAAUGAAGAUUGCUAUUCCACAGGUUUUCACUACGACAUGUCACAGAUUUUUCAUGUGGCAUAUAAUGUCAAAACUUAGUGCAAAAGUUGGACCUGUCUUGAGUAAGGAUAUGAAUUUCUUGAAUAAAUUGAAUUCUGUGGUAUGGAGUCAUUAUCUUCAGCCUGCUGAAUUUGAAAAGGAAUGGAAUAUGGUCAUGAAAGAAUUUGACUUACUUGAUCACAACUUGUUCACAAACAUGUUUGAAAUUCGCAAGCUUUGGAUCCCUGCUUAUUUUGGUGACGUUUUGAUGGCUGGUUUGCUUAGGACUACAUCACGUUCAGAAAGCGAGAAUAAUUUUUUCAAUGAAUUCACGAAUCCUAAUUUCAGUCUGAUUGAAUUUUAUAUGCAGUUUGAAAGUGCUAUGGAUUCACAAAGACACAAUAGUGCACAGUUGACCAAAGUUUCUGAGUCAUGCAUUCCUGAAUACAAAAC